AUGGACGAUGAAAGAAAAUCUACGGCAGUUGACAGUCUCGAAUGCGGCCAAGUUGACAAGGAAAAAGGAGGCAGCGAUGUCCUGCCUCCCAUUGUUCACGACGAAGCUGAAACCAAAUUGAUCUUGAGAAAAGUGGACAAGCGGCUCCUUCCAGUUUUGACUUUGUUGUAUCUCUUGUCCUUUCUUGAUAGAGGCAAUGUUGGAAAUGCACGAACUCUAGGCAUGCAAACAGAUGUGGGGCUGAGCAAUGCUCAGUGGAAUAUGUGCUUAACAAUAUUCUUUUUUCCUUAUGCUGCCUUUGAGGUUCCUAGCAAUAUUGUGCUCAAAAUGCUCCGACCAAAUCUUUGGCUUACAAUACUUAUCCUCGCUUGGGGAACGACAAUGACUUUGAUGGGUCUGGUUCAAAAUUAUAGUGGGCUGCUUGCUGCAAGGUUCUUUCUUGGUGUGACUGAGGCUGGCUUUUUCCCUGCCGCGACUUACCUUCUCACCUGCUGGUACCGCAGAUAUGAGAUGCAAGGAAGGCUUGCCAUCUUCUUCUCUGCUGGUUCUAUGGCAGGGGCUUUCUCUGGUCUCUUGGCCUUCGCAAUACAGAAGAUGGACGGCGUCGGCAACCUCGCAGGUUGGCGAUGGAUUCUCAUCCUUGAGGGCCUGUGCACUGUGAUUGUUGGCAUGGCAUGCCCUUUCCUUCUACCAAAUGGACCUGCCAGUGCCAAGUUUUUGUCCAUGGAAGAAAAAACAUUCCUAUCUCAGAGGCUCGAAAAUGAUAGCGGAGGCAGCGGCCGUUUGCAAACUGCGGAGACAUUCCAGAUGAGAUACGUAAUAGCGGCGUUGACGGACUGGAAAAUAUAUCUUUCAGUCCUGAUCUACUGGGGAAAUUCAAUAUGUACUUAUGGAUUCAUAUACACUCUUCCAUCAGUUAUUAAGGAAUUGGGCUACAGCGCAUCAAAUGCACAACUUCUAACGAUUCCAGUCUACGCUUUCGCUCUCAUUGCCACCGUUUCUGCUGCUUUCCUGUCUGAUCGGUAUAAAAACCGGUCAAACUUCAUCAUAUACCCAUUCAUUAUUGCAGCAAUUGGUUAUAUUGGCCUUUUGGCUCUCCCACAUCCUGGGUGGCCUGGUGCGACAUAUGGCAUGCUUUUUGUCGUAGCCGGGGGACUAUACCCAACAAUCUGUGGCGUUAUCUCAUGGAAUGCAAACAAUCUUGCAGGAACAUGGAAACGAUCAGUUGGCAUGGCUAUUCAGAUAUCCAUUGGAAAUUUGGGUGGAGCCAUCGGCUCCAACAUUUACCUAGCGAAGGAAGCCCCGCAUUACUGGACCGGUUACGGCUUUUCUCUGGCAAUUAUCCUCACUGGGCUGGCUUCGGCAGUUAUCCUCAAAGUUACUUUAAACCGCAUCAACAAGAAACGUGACAGCAUGAGUAUCGACGAUAUCAGAGCCAAAUAUUCAGAGCAAGAGCUGCUAGAUAUGGGUGACUAUAGUCCCCUAUUUCGAUAUACUUUGUAA